GUUGAACACCUGUAGGCAGCCUGUCUCGUUUGCACAAUUAGAGUUAUAUCACCACGCACCUCUCUAUAUCCUGAAUUGCCGUCGAUCCAUCCAAGUAUCAACUAUCCACAGUCUGUAUAGGCUCUGCUUCUCUGCAUGUUCCGGUAGCUGGAACCAUGCCUCCGCCGGAGAUGAACAGCGAUGUCAUUCUUGACGCAAACUUAGCAAAAAAGCGUACCAAUUCGGAAGGCACUGAGUACCCCCGAAGGCGCGCCACUAUAGCAUGCCAGAUCUGUCGUCUACGAAAAACGAGAUGUAAUGGGGCCCGUCCAAGAUGUCAGCUCUGUGUAGACCUGGAUGCAGGCUGUGUCUAUCGAGAGCCGGGUAUCAAGCUAGAUGCCGGCGACAAGCUGAUAAUCGAGAAGCUGGACAGAAUAGAAGGCUUACUCCAAUCGAAAGUUUCGGACCACACCAGCCACUCUCCCCUAUCCUCGGAUUCUUCGACGGCUGCCACCCAUGCUCGUCUCGGAGGCGAUGAUACUGUAGCCAAUUUGUCCAACCUUGCUGCCAUGCCGGCCAGGGCGACUGCGGUGGGACUUGGCUCGUGGGCAAACCCACCAACAAGUAUCUCAACUAUGCCGAGAGUACAUACCACUCCUGCUUUACACCUCUUGCAAUGGCCUCUGAUCCGAGAGCUGGUCGCUGUACCCUAUGAUCCACAUACCCUCCUACAGCUGGAAAUGGCUCGUGAGCCGCUCCGGAUCGAACCCCCCGUGGGUUUAGAUCUAUCCAAUGCGUUCACGCACGCCCGGUUCUUCUUCGAACGCGUUAAUGUGUGGUACGCUUGUGUCAAUCCACUGACAUGGUCGGGGUACUACAAAACGGCUCUUUCUCUGGACUUUCAGAAAGGGCCAGAAAGCUGUGUUGUUCUCUUAGUUUUAGCACUGGGUUGUGCAAGUCAAUAUGGGAGCAUAUCCUGCCUUUCUCCAGACAAGGAACCACCAGGGCUGCCAUAUUUUGCUGCUGCCUGGUGCCUUCUGCCGGGUAUUAUGACCCGCAACUCUGUACUUGCAGCACAGUGCGUCAUCUUAGCAUCUGCAUAUCUAUUCUACAUGGUCAGGCCCCUUGAGGCUUGGACGCUGCUGUCGAAUGCUAGCAUGAAGUUACAAUUGCUUUUUGGCAACCCCUCUCGUGUUCCAGCGCAAUGGAAGGAACUUGGUACAAGAGUAUACUGGAACACCCUCCUGUUCGAAAGCGAUUUGCUAGCGGAACUAGACCUACCACAUUCGGGGAUUGUGCAUUUCGAAGAGCUCGUUGACCUUCCAGGCGGCUUUGAACAGGAGGACGAUGAAGAAGACGAAGAAAGAGACAAAGUAGUAGACAUGAUGAUCGGUCAUGAUGAGCUCUGGUAUUUCUUGGCUGAAAUUGCCUUAAGAAGGCUGCUGAACAGGGUCAGUCAUAUGCUCUACCAAAAGGACAGUAUCUUGACACUCGCAUCACUCGGACCCAUCGCCUCAGAGCUGGAUUUCCAGCUUUCUCAAUGGUAUGAGGGUCUUCCGCAACCGGUUCGCUUUCCUUUAUCCGGGGCUCCAGCACCAAGCCCCGUUCAGACCGUACUAAGACUCCGGUACUUCGCCUGCCGUACGAUUAUUUAUCGGCCUUAUAUUUUAGCGGUCUUCCAAAACGAACAUGCAUGCGCUGACCCAACGGUAAAGGAUUGCUGCCUGCGGUGCUUGGAAGCGACGUUGAAUCAACUCGAGCAUAUAGGUAGGCAUCGCGAAGGCCACCUACCAUAUCUGUGGCAAGGGGCCCUUUCCAUGGUCUCUCAGACGUUAUUGAUAAUGGGAGCAACCAUGUCCCCUGCUCUCUCAUUACUGUUACCUCCUACAAUUCGAUUGGACAGGAUAAUUUCCAGCGUCAUAGCAGAAGUUGGCAGGUAUGCGCGGCUUGCACCAAGCCUAAAGCUAUCUGCUGAGAUCAUUCGUGAUGCGGAAAAGAGGCGUCAAAUAUGCCUUGCAUCGGCAGGCAGGGCAAACUUGAAGGGAAACUAGCUUGCAGGCUCCCAACCCUACACGCUCUUAGUCGG